UGAAUAGUUAGCAAUUAUCAUAGUCCUUUUUAUAUAUGAUUUUCAGAUAACAAAAGGGAAACAACAUGGCUGAAUUCGCUGAAUUAAAUCAGUCUGGAGCAAUUCCGGGAGAAAAACAUGAAUCACCAAGCCUCUGUCAUAGAAUCUGCGAUUGGUGGGUCAAAAUUGGGGCAUUUCUUUUGACUGUGCUUUCCUUUGCUGUGGCUGUGUUGCUGUCGUUAGGAUGGUCAGUUUCUAGAUAUCAGGACAAGGUGUUAACUCUUUUCACCUGGGCUCUUUUUAUCUGCUCACUCCUUGCUGUUCUCAUUCUAGCUUCUAAGUCAAGUUUAGAACAGGAUUCUAACGUUUCAGUGGAAUCUCAACUUACCAGGGUGAUUAGGAUAAUAGUUUGGAUUUGGUGGAUAACCGGCCUCGCCUGGGUUAUCUGUGCUUGGACACUCUACUUUCUCGGUAACAGGGAAUUCGGCGACGAUUUCGAGAAUUUUGGGAUCAUAACUAUGAUUGGCACUGUAGUCUGGGCAGUGCUUAUUGGAUUACCUCUCCCACUGACCAAUCCUUCUGUUAGUAACUGCUUGAUACAUUGUUUGGUUCAAAUUAUAAAUAUUGUAGAUUAAUUAUUUUUUAACCUCCAGUUAUACUCAUAACAAUGCAUUCAUUAAAUUUUUAUUUGUUAAUUUUUUUUUGUAUUUUUCUUUGAUCUCUAGAACGAAAACAAACCAAAUGCUCAUUUAAAAAAAAAUCAACAUUUUUUUUCUCUUUUCUCACAUUGGUCCAGACUGCUCUAACAAGUUGCAUCAAUUUUAAAGACUGGAUUUACUUUGAAAUGUCGAAACGCCUAGGCCUUUGAUUAUAACUCACAAACAUAUUUAUACUUUUUUGUAGCCAAACAUUAACAUUUUGAUUUCGAAAAGUAACAUGUAAUCUAGUUGUACCAAACGUAUUUAAAGGGAGUGUUCGCGAAAGAUUAAAGGCUUAUAGGCUUACGGCAAUAAAUAAUCGGUUUUGAUCGCUACUAAUCUU